CGUGGCUCUAGUUGGUGUUUGGCCACGGCAGAAGAAGCAUCGGGAUUUCUCCAGCAGUUCCUGACUCACUCCUGACACACUUACACAUCCUGCAGUGUCUGUCCACUGCACGCUGUAUCUUCUAGCUACGUUAGCGCGCAGCGACUCCAAACUUGCAAUUUUUUAAAACAUUUACUAAAUACAUACCCUCCACUUAAUACUGAAGUGACUUUGAAGUAUAAGAGGGAUGUCCUGUUCCUUCUAAGUGGGUAUAAGUGUGAGGUGGUGAGAGUAUUGUAGCUUACAGGGAGGGUAGGGUAGGCUACAAGUGUGUAGUGAAAACUGGGGACGCUAUAACUAGUGUUGACGUAGUGGAAGUAUACUAGUAAAUAAACGACUUCAAGUUAGGGGACGCAGUGACUGACUGGACAUAUAAUAGUCACUGAGUAACGAGACGGAGCUUCCCAACAACGCUUCCGCCGGCACUGUAUGAUGUCAAUGGCUGUGUUUCCUUAAGCACCGCCUCGCUAUACGGAAAGAUGAAGUUGUCGUGGGUCUUAGUGCUGUCGGUGCUGGUAACGGCGACGCAGACGAAGAAACUGCUUCCAGAAUCAGCUGCGGAGCGACCUGCUUUGUCUGACGCAACCCACGAAGACUUGCAAGGGACGUCAGCAGUAGGAGAUACGAGUGUUAAGGCAGAAGGCGAGCGAGGUGUUCCUAUCGUCAACGCAAAGCGCUUCACAAGAUAUAAAAGGAGUCUGCAGUUCGAUGGAUGGUACCCCAUGGAUGUUAGCAAUCCUAUGGCAGAUGACCCUACAGUUGGGUACCAACCUCCUCCUCUCCAGAGGGUCCACUUUAGUAACGAACCCGUUCCAAAGAAACCUUUGUAUCCAGUCCGACCCGAAAAUCCGACCGUGUUUGUAGUGAGGGCAGAGCCGCGCCACCCUGAGUAUCAUUCUGUUUAUGGAACUGAAAACAUCGAGUAUUUUCACGUCCAUCCUCAGACUAACAUAGUUAGGGCUUUCCGAGCCCCCUCACAAAGUGUAGGCGCAAUACGUUUUGUCCCAGCUCCGCAGUUCGGAGACUUGAGGCCAAGUUCAAGGUCUACAUCAGACGCUGACACUUUAGAGGAUUCCUCCAAGAAGCACGGGAACGAUACACAUUUAAAUAUUGAUUUCAGUUAUCAGGAUGUUCCUGCUAAGGAUGCUGGGUUUGCGGAUAAGUUAGAUGCAUUUGAUGCCAAUGGAAGUUCUCGAUUUCCAGAAGAGUCUCCACGCUUGGAUGCCGAUAACGACUACGAUAUGGAAGGCGCCUACUCAGAAAUUCGUUCAACUAUUGUAGAGAGACCAAGUCACGUCCUUCCCUUCAGCCGCAGGGAUCGCAUCCCUGGAUCUAGUAAACAACAAAACGCUCACAGUUAUCGAUAUAGACCUGAUCCACCUACCAGAGACAGACGACCUAAUCAGCAAAGAGAUCAGGAAUUGAAAACCACCAGACCAGCCCUACACGAGUUACUCGGCAACCUUCCUCAGGAGACUCAGAUUGAAGAGAUACCAUACGUUGGAUCAGCGACAGACUCUGCUGGAGUAUCUUUUAUCCGAAAAAUUCCUCCACCCGAUUUCCGAUACUCCUCCCGAGGAAGCAACAAGCAGCGCCAAUCACUAAACAACACACGCUCACACCCUAGAGGAACACAAGUAAGACAAGCUGCUGGGAACUUCACUCAGACCUUCUCACGUCCUUGGUUCCUUAUAGACACAAGAUCGGAAGUAUCAGACAGGAAACGCGAGCCAUCUAUUGCAUCUUACAUCCAUCCAGAGACUCGCUCAGAUGAUAAAAUCCACUACAAACCUCUCGGUCCUAUUUCUUAUGUUUCCAAGGAAGGGGACAAGACGGCGAGCGAACACAUCCACAACCCACACCUUGAUGAUCACAUGAACUCUUACAAGCCCACCCUAACAGCCAACAGCCUCUCCGAACUCCUCCAAAUAUUCCGAUUCACUCAGGUCACAGAUGGACCAGACAGCGAAGACGCAACAGACGAACCAGUUACUAUACCACGAGAAUUCCGCUACACACGGCCCACAGAGGAGCCUCCUAUUACAACUACCACCACGGUUACUUCCUCGACACAGUCAACAACCCAUCGUAGUAAUAUCCAUAGCAAGAACUUUCAAACUUCUACAACCCCAAGAUACAACGAUACAACAACAGAAGCAGAAGACACGAAGAAGACCCAGGGUGGGGACUUUGACGCUGUGGCUGACACGAACUCCUUGGACGGAUACCUCUUCUCAGAUUCUGAAGCCAGUCCAGAGUACGCCCAUCCACAGGUUCGCCCGAAUGUGGUAACCACUAAGGUUAAGGACGAGGUAACCACUAAAGGAGUAACUAAGGAAACUUCAAGAGUUAGUGUUCAAACAAGCACAAAUUCUCACGUUUUUCAAGAAAGCUCUGAGCCUAAAGAAACUUUCAAAGGUCUGGAGAUUAUUUAUCCUGGACAGUCUUCUAGAAGAACCCCUGAAGCCUCUUGGCCACUAUAUAUUAUUCAUCAAGGUCAUUCUAAGGUCAGAGUCUUUGGCAUAAAUUCUGCCGAAGACAAAAAGUUGGGAAACCCAGACUACAGGGAGCUUUUUGUCCUUUCAACUUUAGAGCCCAGAGCAAGUAGUCCUGUUCCUUUUACCCGUAAUGCAACUACUAAUGAAAUACCUGCAACAGCAUCUACUUCUACUUCGCCCACUGGUACCACGAUUCCUUUCACCUCUUCAUUCACCAUUCUGGAUACUUCUCCCACAACAACUUCAGUUACAAAUCCACCUACGUCAUCUGCUGCAGCUACCACUUCUGUUCCCCAGCCUACCAGUCGCACUCCAUCUUUUCCAAUAGAGCAAAACAGAACCACUUCAAUCCCCACUGAUAAAAUGACGACUACCCCUCCCAGCACUCCUGUUGAAACAACUAUACUAUCUAAUACACCAGUUGAAACCACAACUAUGCCUCCUAGCACCUCUGUUAAAACCACAACUGUGCUUCCUAGCACCCUUAUUGAAACCACAACUUCGCCUCCUACCACCCUUAUUGAAACCACAACUUCGCCUCCUGCCACCCUCUUUGAAACCACAACUUCGCCUCCUAGCACCUCUGUUGAAACUACAGCUACGCCUGAUAGCACCCUAGAUGAAACCACAACUACGCACCCUAAUGCCCCUACAACAAAUGAAGAUCUUGUACCAGCGAAUGAAACAGCAGGUGAGUAUGAGUACUAUUAUACUGACGAUCAGUACAGCAUUCCUGAGCUGGCCUUUGGUGAAGACGACAAGUCGGAGGACAGUGCGAGACCCGCACUCAUGCUCCCAGAUCCCACUCCCUUGCCUGUCGAGGAGAUGCCAGAUGCUCUGGCAAGUGCUACGUCUUUCUCACGUUUCUUGCAGGACCGUCUGUCACGGGUCAAAUCCCUCCUGCAACAGGGAGGGCUUCAUCAGCCAGAGCCCGAAGAUGCUGUGCCUUUAGCUUCAGCAACUGGGCUCACUCGACCAGAGCGGUCGGUAGGGAGGCCCGUAUUCUUCAUCAAGAGGCUAGCAGAAGCUACGGAAGAGGCUAGUCUCACCCAGCCCUCUGGGUACUUGUCCCAACUGCGAUCGGAAAAGCGAACACCUCUUACAGACACAGAAGAUACACCCAGGAUGAAGCGAGUCACUGAAGCGGCCACAGAGGCGUGACUGUGAUCACCAGCCUUCAUAUUUAACUUAAGGUAACAAAAAAAAAAAACCGAGUAGACACACACGAGGGUGACUCAAGUCUCCCUAUCAACACUACAAAAAUGUAUUUACACAUAUACAGUCCAUCACAGUUAUAAUUAUUUAUACUCCCCUUUCUCACUAGGCAUAACCACAAAUAAUUUCCAAAGAUAAAUUAAAUACUGCUUCGAUUUUCCAAUGUAUAAAUAUAUAAUUUACUUAUAAGGCAAAAUAUAUUUUACUCCUCAAGAAUAUCUUAUAUAAAAUGCAGACCCAUGUAAGAUACAAUGGUAACAUAGGAUUUGCUUUAUAUGGUAGAGCCGCUAAACAGGCAGUAUAAGGUGUCACAAACAAAAUAAUGAUGCUAUAAGUAGUCGAAAAUGUGCUGGAGGACAGCGAUGGUAAAUAUAUAAAGGUUUGGAACCUCAUUCGUGUGUGAGUUUACUUAACAAGGGCGAGGUAUGACCCACGCAUCAGCCCCAACCCCUGUGGCCCUCUCUUACGUGGCACUGGUUCAAGGCAUUGCCGUUCCUUAUCGAUAGUGACAAUAACUCAAGGCUCUUAUAUAUCCAGUACUCUUGUGUACUGUGUAGAUGUUGACAUACAAGCACAGUCAUACAUACAUACACACAAAACACGCGGGAAAUAAUCCAGACUGAAUCAACCAGUAAUCAACCAUAUCAAUAUACAAGUAUUAAAGAUGGUUCCUUAAAACAGACCAGCACAGUGAUGCCAUAUAGACACAGCAGUGUAGCCAAUACCCAGUACUCUAUGUAACAUUCAUAAUGUAUAUACAGAGUUUCCUUGUAGCAAUUAUGAGGUUUAUCGCCGAGCUGGCAAUGAACGUGUUACCAAAUUAGAGUCGAGUUUCAAAAUAUCUCUGUCAGGACUGUUGAUCAACACCUCAGAAACUCUUCUUUUGUGCUGAUCAAGAGCUCUUCAUCCUAGGAUAUGGAGCUACCCUCCCGUUCCUCAGAUCGAACACAGUGACCUCCAAUUCUCCCGGCAGUGCACGAUCCUACGGGUUUAGCACUUCACAGUGAUAAUUAACACAGGGAAAAUUAACUGGCACAUGAAAUUAAACAAUAAAAUUCCUUCGAAAUAAUUUUAAACAAAGAUGAGUCAUCGUUAUUUACUUUAUUGCGCAUUUUUCUUUGCUCUUAUUCCUUUGCGAUCAUUUUAGUAAAUUAUUACGUUCAUAGCAAGCGGUACACCCGCAUGGGUCAUCCAGAGCCAGGGGAACAGAAGGCAAUCAGGUUUCCCGAUCCAGGAAAAGUCGCAGUAGCUGCUUUUCCUUGGAUCAAGAGCCCUUCACCAGCAUCAAGGAACCCAGCUUGAAGGUCAAUUUUAAUGAAAGGUCAGUUUUAAUAUAAAUGAAAAAAUGGCAAAAAAUCGCAUAAGUCACAUUAAUAUAUUUUUGUCAAUUUGUCUAUUUGUUACAAUUUUCAAAGAACAAUGGUAUUUAAUCAACAAUACUGCGACUAGCCGGGGGAUCGAACCCGUGUUGUUUUAGCCCUCCUCAUGGUGCGCGAGAAUUAACGACGCUCUAACCUACUGGACCAUACAAUCCUACAAGAAUCACGCACCCAGCAGAGCUAGGUGUUGUACCGUGAUCUGAGGACAUACGAUGGUGUGGGUGCCUCAGAGCUAAUUUCAUUCUACUCCCCGUUUGGGGAGUGGAAUGUUCGAUCCCCCGGCUAGUCGCAGUGUUGUUAUUGUGUGUGUGUGUGCAUAUGUGUAU